GUUCAACUGGUGCAGAGCCAGCUGUCCCCAAGAUGUGUGGUUGUGUACCACCGGUCGAAAACUAUAACUAUGCGACCUCGGGACGACCCUACCAAGGCGUGCAGUGUGCACCGGGGAAUAACGGGAGCCUUCCUGUUCGGCCCGUCACCACCUACGCCAUGCCACCGCCGCCCCAGCAGCAGCAGCAACAACAGCAACAGCCCUGUUGUAGCGGGGGAGGCGUGCAGCAGCAAGUCGUGCCCUGCUACGGUGGCUCGCGAUGCCCCGGCUCCCCAGUACAGGCGCCAGUGCAAUUUCAAGCGCAGUCGGUUGGAAAAACUAUCCAAGCUGCUCCGACGCGCUGUACUGCGGCGCCCAGUGGAAGACCCGUGCCUGCGGAAUGUGGCCCCGGGUGUCAUGCUGUUCCACUCGUUCCGUAUUCCCAUGGAGGACGGCCGCAGCCUGACAACUCACUGGAAAGAAGAACACACGGGGAGAGUUGUGGCCGUGUCCUUUAUGCGCCUGUUCCAGCAGCGCGAUGCAAUGCAUGUCCGCAGCCUACUCAGCAGUUUUCGUCGAGAGUUCAGCCCAUGCCGCAGCAGCAACAACACUCGCAGCAAUCGCCGCGCCAACACUCCCGGCAGUACUCGACCCAACCCGGUCGACAGCAGUACCAGCAGCGGCAGCCGAGACAGCAGCAGCAACAGCAGCAGCAGCAGCCCCAGGGACACGUUUGUUAUCGUCCUGCAGAAUUCCAUGGAGGAUACGCAGGAACUUCAGGCGCUGGUGGAACUGUUCCCGCAAGUGCCGGUCAUGUCCAUCAGUGGUGAAUUUCUCCGUGACGAGGAGCUGCUGCUCAUGGGAGAGCCGCUUGCCAAGCGCAAGGUCAUCGUCAUGGUCUUACAGCUGCUUCCCCCCGGCGCCGAAGCCCAUGUGAUUUUGGAUGACCAAAUUGAGUGAGCAAUAAACCAAAAAGAGCGCCUGGCCUGUAAAACUGCAGUG